AGAAGCUAACUUAUAAUAUAUAUAUACACACGUAUGUAUAUAAAUAGAAUACAGACACCAACAAUUUCACUCACAUUCGGACCAAAAUUUGUAAUCAAGUAUUAAACACAAGGUAUGGAGGAGAUCAUGCCUAUGAUCUUCCAUGGAUUCGAACUGGUUAAGGACCUCGAAUCAAGCUUACCGGAAAAACCGCCGGAAUCUCUGUCGGAUUCUCUCGAUUCGAUCUCCAAAACCUUCGGCCAGGCAAACGACCGGCUCAAGAACCUCAUGAGAAACUCCGGCGUCGCACCCGACCGGCCUGAACCGGCGAUGCCGGUUUUGUCUGGUUCGGACCAGAUGUUGCUGAAGAUUGAUUCCGAUUUGCUGCAGGAGUACUGGUCAAGGCCUGGUGCGUCGCAGUCCAUGGACGCCGUGAUUCAGACGCAACUGACGGAGGAGGCGGCGGCCCCCGCCAGAGUAAAUGCUCCGGCUGGUUCUGCGGCGACGGAGGCGGAGGUUUCAGUGCAGUUGCGGCGUACGGAGCCUACGGAUUCCGGCGGCGGUAGCGGUUCCUCGACGCCAAGGCCGCGGAGAAGGAACAAAGAAGAUGGGACACAACAAACAGUGUUGGUGGCAGCUCCGAGGAUGGGAAACACAGAGGUGCCACCGGACGAUAAUUACACGUGGCGCAAAUACGGCCAAAAAGAAAUUCUCGGUGCUAAAUUCCCUCGGGCAUACUACAGAUGCACCCACCAGAAACUAUACAACUGUCCGGCGACGAAGCAAGUUCAGCGACUCGACCAUGACCCGUUCACGUUCCGAGUCACGUACCGUGGCUCGCACACGUGUCACAUCUCCCCCACCGCUCCGGUUUCAUCAGCCGCCGAAGUCGCCGACAUGGCCACCGCAAUGUUCAGCUUUCCCGGCGGCGGCGACAUGGGUUUGAUCUUUCCGGCCCACGGUGACUGCCAAGGCCACAACCGUAUCCAGUGACGGAGGAGACAAGUGAGAUUCGCCGGAGGAAAAGGAGACGUUUUUGAUAAAAAAAAAAUCAUUUAUAUAUUUAUUAUUAAAGAUUUUGGUCUCGGAUUUACAUAUUGUUUUAUUAUGCAAAGAAAUAAAAAGAAGGAAAUUAUUUAUUUA